AUGGCUGGUUUUGCUGAUGUUUUUGUUCGUGAAGAACUUCAUGUUCUUGCUAUUGAUGAUAGUCUUAUUGAUCGUAAAGUUAUUGAAAGAUUGCUCAAAAUCUCUUCUUGUAAAGUAACAACUGUGGAUAGUGGAAGAGGAGCUUUACAAUACCCUGGACUUGAUGGAGAUGAUCAGAACUCAGCUGGAUUCGAUGGUCUAGAAGUGAAUUUGACUAUAACUGAUUACUGGAUGCCUGGAAUGACAGGAUAUGAACUCAUGAAAAAGAUAAAGGGAUCAAAAACAUUCAAAGAAAUCCCAGUGGUAAUCAUGUCAUCAGAAAACGUAUUGCCUCGGAUCACUAGGUGUUUGGAAGAAGGAGUAGAGGAAUCCUUAGUAAAACCAGUAAAAUCAUCCGAUGUCAAAAGAUUGAAAAACAACUUGACAACUAGAGAUUCCGAUCAAGAAAUAGUUAUUGAUAAUCUUGAAGAGACUACCCUUAAAAUAAAAUUUCAUGAGACUGAUGAUCAAGAGAUUGUUCAUGAUCAAAAUGAUGAUGAUCUUCAAUCAUCUCCAUCCUCUUGUGUAACUUCAUCAGAUUCUCCAUCGAAAAGACAGAGGAAGACCAUGAAUGAUAGUGAUUGA